AACAAAGUAGCCAGUGUGCCCCAGUGGAGCUCACAAACAAUAGACACCAUCAUAACGCGAUGUCAAGACUACUGCAGCUUUUAGGAAUCAUUGGAAUUGCUUUUGUACAAGUACAAUCCACGCCAGAAUUCAACUGCCUACGGACCGGUGAUACUUGUGCAACUGGCAGCACCUGUGCCUCCACCGGAGACUGCACGUGUACAGCUCUAAAGGCCAACUAUGACUGUGGAACAGAUACUACACUAGUUGGCACUACUUGUGCUUGUGAAAACACCGGGUCUAUAUGCCUACCAGAUGAAACCACAUGUGUUUGCUCAGAGAAAUUCUACGGACCCAAAUGCCAGUACAAAACAUUGGAUGUGAGUUGCUCGAGUGCUGGGGCCCACAUCCUGAACGUCAACGUACCCGGUACCCCAACGUGUUAUGUGAUGGAAUUUGAGAACGCCUGCAGCUUUACCACAAAUCCACCCACCGGAACACCGACGGGCUGGACGGGAAACUUUCUGGAAGCAUCCCUUACAGAUUCUACAAACUGUGGACCGCCGAAUGCAACUACGGAUACGAAUGGAAUAUCCACUCAGUGCUUUACAGUGAUUUGCCGGUAUGAAGCCUCGUAUCUCACAGGGCUCGAUUUUGAGGCCACCUUCUGCUGCGGUGAUGCGCAGAAGACGGUUACAACCGCAGGCUUGAGCUUGUCAGAAAUUGGACUGACUCGAACAAAAGUUGUUGCAGACCCUGCAGGGAAUGUUGUUACGAUGGUGAUGAAGGACGCUUCUAACGCCCCUAUAACCAGUGGGUCCGCAGUUGAUAUUGGUUCGACGGUUAAGCUUGAAUUCACACUUGAUACUACCUCUGGUUUUGUUGAAAUACGCGUCCUCUCGUGCAAAGCCAAAGAUGGCGGAUCCGUGGAAGCUGAAUUUAUUACAAACAGUUGUCCCGCAAAGACAUUUGUUCGAAACACCUCGCAAAUGUAUGGCAGUGCAAUAAUUGAAACAACAGCUAUCAAGUUCACAUCAGGUGUCACCGUCACUUACGAGUGUACAGUUCUUGUCUGCAGACAAAUGGGCGGAUGCGCAGCGAAAAUGUGUCCUGAUGGAAGUUCAGGUUACGGGCGUAAGAAGAGAGAAACCCCUCCGUCUAACUCCACUGAACAGAAAACGCUUAUCACGUUUAUCAGAGUCAACGACCCACUUGCAACAUCAGAUGUGAAGAGCGCUGUUCAAGACGCUGUUGCGCAGACUGGUACCAUCAAUCUAACAGCCGCAGUGAUUGGCCUGGCUGUCGUUGUCCUCGUCCUCCUUGGAGCCUGUCUUUUCCUUGGCCUUCGUCUCAUCAACAGGCGGGCACCUGUUACAGACACCAAAGGAUAAAAUGUUGGACUGUUUCUAUUGCCAAUGACGAAUCUAAAGUCAUUGUUUUAUUAAUUAUUAUUAAGUCCUUUGUUAUGUUUAUGUUGUAGGAUAAAUACAACUUCAGCUCCUAUAUUGUGACAGUUUUGUGAUUAAGGCCUACGAUUUCUCCUGUAAAUUCACAGACGAAAACGUCCUGUAAAAACGAAAGUUGAAAUGUAUGCGUUAAAUCACGUCAAACCUUUUCUAAAAAAUUGUAAACAAGAUUAGACAUUAGAAAAAGUCACACAAUUUUUAAUUGUCCUAUUUUUUAGAUAUGUCGCAAUAAAAGAUACAUAUUUCAUGAUGCUUGCGGUAGUGGGCUCGAGUACAAAAGAAACGACACACAAGGUUUGGGGAACAAAAGACCACGAAACGAUAUUGCCCCUGAACACCACGUAACAAACUGACCGGAUCCAUUUUCAUGUCCUUAUUACGUAAUAACCUGAAUUUAUGCAUUUCAUUAUGUAAUACAUAAUCUUAAUUUUUUUAAACUUGAUUAGGUGUCAGAAAAUGUCGCACAACUAUAAACAGUCAUAUAAUUUAGAUAUGUCAACAUAAGAUACAUUUACAGUCGAUGAAUUUGUACAUCACAUUCAAAGCUAAAUAUUGUCGUAUAUUUUAAUCAUUCGUUCUCUUGCCCUGCAUAGGUGAUUAACAUCAGUCAUUUAUCUUUAUUACUAAUUGUAAGACUCUUGUGUGACUUAUUUUUGUGUGUGUAGAUAUACUAGGAAUGUUUUAUCAGCCGAGGGAUUUAAUAAAAAGUUGAAAAUGUAA